UGUCAGAUCUUUGCUUUUCUAGAUACGUUAUUAUCAGUUUUAUAAUGAUAUUCAACGUUGUUAAAUGUACAACUAACACAAAUGUGUACGAAAGGACAAGUAAUAUCUUUGUACAAAACACGUUUUCAUCUGUUACAACUUCAUCAAAAGUUGCAUGCUGCAGUUACUGUGACCAGUUGUCCGAUUGUAAGACUGUAAAUUACAAGAAGACGUCAAGGGAAUGUAAGUUGUCAAGGGAACCAUUAGUUGCUGUUAGCGUAAAUGGACAGACAGAUGCAGACUGGAAUGCAUACAGUAAAGAUGAAUGGAUGUUGGUAUUUCGAGCUACACCUGGUGUUGGUGGUGACGUUUUUACUGCAUGGACCGAUGGUACUUCCGUAACAACUGAUGAUGUCACAUGCAUGACAACAGAUGUCACUUCCUGUAGUCAACAUUAUCGCAACCCUAUAGUAGAUUCAUGGACAACAAUCGGAAUGUCACAGGUUAAGUUCGCUUUCUAUAAAAACAACAUCGAAAAAGCUUACAUCAUAUUCAAUGCGACUGGAAGUGACGUCACAAACUGGUUUAUUCAAACCAGAAUUACUGAAUCGUCAUGGUCGACAAUAGCAUCAGACUCUUUUAAUUACUUUUCUAUAGAAGGACACGCCCCAAGCAGGAGAUUUUUCAUUAACCGUAACUAUGGAGGAUGCCCGUACGACACCGCGUAUGCCGCGGUGAUCAUAUUCAAAGGUUUUGUUUGUUCACAUGAUGAUCAAGAUAGCUACCCCCAAUUUCUGUAUGCAGAUUCAGCAACAUUUGGAUACCCUGAUUCAAUGACAGGAAUGGAUAGAGCAGAUGUGAUGGCCAUAUUCAUUAAGUAGACUUUUCAUCACGACGGAGUUGUGCCGAAGAUCCCAAGCAAAUCCAAAUUCUUGUGAGUGUCGUUCCCAAUGAAUUUAGGCACCAAUGAUCCAAAGCAUAUCAUACGAUAUAGGUAAACUUAUUCGACCAUAUUUAGGGCGAAACAGUUGAAGCAAGAACAAAAGGCGUUGUUGGAUUGUGACAAAGUUAUGGGAGGCGGCGGAGCAGAUGGUGUUGAAGGUAUGGCUGUAUUGUUUCAAUGCUACUAGAUAAUUCUGCAGAUCGGUUUUUCAGCUUAUCCUCUCGAACGUUUGUCUUUCAUUGAAACGAAGUAUUGUUUGAUACUAUACAAAUUACGUCAUAACACGUAAGCAUGAAAACGUCAAAUUACUUAAUUUUCUUUUUAAGUUACAACGUAAUCUUAUGCACACAAUGCAAAUAAUAUUUUUUACAAUUGAUAUGUGUAGACUAAGUGUAAUUAAACAUUGUUUUGUAAAUAAUUAAUUAGACCAAUACAAUGUAUGCGAAACGUAAUAUUUUUGUAUUAAGAUUUAUUUUCAAUUUAUCUUUAUAUUUGUUGACAUUUUAAAGAUUAUAGUGGUAUAACAUGUAAAUAUUAAAUAAAUGAUCGAUAGAACAUAUCAGCCUGUGAUUUCGCUGUCAUAGUUUAGAUACCGUUUUCCUAUUUAAGGUAUAAUAUUGUAAUUAUUACUUUUUAUGUAUAAUUUGACAUAUCACGUCAUUUAAGGUGGCACACCGUAAUUAUAAUCGGCAAUUUCCGUACGACUCCGUAUGAAUAAAUCUGCGGAUGUCUAUAAAUUAUAUUCUGGUACUUAUAACAAGUGUAAAUGUUGAGUUCUGUUCAACCCGGGGCUAGAGGGCGUGGACGGUAGCUUGCAUUUCCAGGCUCAAUCAAACAGAAUCUACAUCAUUUUUCGUUUAUUUCGUGUUGGGCGACCUGUAGCUUUUCACUAAUUCCAUUUAAGAUAUUACGGCAUUCUUUGGUCGUACAUACUGGCACAUAUCGUAUAUACUGGCACAUGUCGUAUAUACUGGCACAUGUCGUAUAUACUGGCACAUGUCGUACAUACUGGUACAUGUCGUACAUACUGGCACAUGUCGUAUAUACUGGCACAUGUCGUAUAUACUGGCACAUGUCGUACAUACUGGCACAUGUCGUAUAUACUGGUACAUGGCGUACAUACGGACACAUGUCUAACAUUCGGGCACAUGUCGUUCAUACGGGCACAUGUCUUACAUACUGGCAC